AUGGCGUAUGACGACCCCCUGAGCCCGGCGCCUGGCAGCCUCAGGCGGGCCCUGCUCGACGCGGCCGCCUCAAACGACACCUCCAACUCGAUCGUCUUCGACACGGCUUUCUUUGGCGCCAGCGCGUUGUCCCCGGGCAUCACCCUCGUGGCGCCCUUGCCGUUCGGCAACUGCGCCGCGGGGCGGCGCCUGCAAAUCAACGGAGCCCUCAGUGCCGGCUCGCGGGUGGCGGCCAGAGUGAGGAUAGCCGCCGCCGCGGCGACGCGGGUGACGAACGUGAUUUCCGGCAGCAGCUGCUCGAUCGACCUUUUGAAUCUGAAUUUCGAGGGCGUCGGGUUCGAGGUCGCCGGCGCGGGGCCAGCGUCGGCGGCGCCGCGGCUGGGGCUCUCGGGCGUGCGGUUCAGCGGCGCCGGGAAGGCGCCCGGGCGGGCGCUCGCGCUGACCGGCGGCGCGACCGCGUCUGCCUACGCGUGCACGUUUGAGGACCACUCGGCCGUGGCAAACGGCGGCGCAGUGCUCGCGCGCGGCGCCGCGCUGUCCCUGUUUAGCUGCAGCUUCUCGCGCAACCGAGCGCCCGACGGCGGCGCAGCGGUCACGGGCGGCGCGGUGUACAUCAACGGCGGCGGCGCGGGCGGGACGCUGGCGGUGCAGUCGUGCACGUUCACUGGCAACGCGGCGGCGUGGGGCGGCGCCGUGGGCGCGGAUCUGGCAAAGGUGGACAUUGCAAACUCGACUUUUGAAUCGAGCGACGCGUCCCAGGCGUCCGGCGGCGCGCUGGCCGUGUCGUGCCGCGCAGACAGCGACGCCCAGCGCCUUGCCGUCCGCACCAGCGCGUUCCGCGCCAACCGCGCCGGCAGCGGCGGCGCGGUCGCGCUAUGGGGCUGCUACAGGGCUGUGGUCGAGGACACCACCUUUGCCCUCAACGUAGGCGCCCGCAUGGGCGGCGGGGCCCUCGUCGCCGUCGCGCCGUCCGGCCUCGUAAUCAGCCGCUGCCUCUUUACCCUCAACUCCGCCGACGGCGCCGCGGCCGGCGGCGGUGCCCUGCUGCUCUUUGCGGAUGCGGCCUGGGGCGCCACAUGUACGACCGAGGUGCGGCAGUCGACGCUGGAUUCGAACACGGCCGCAGGCGCGUUUGGCGGGAGCCAGGCGCUCGUGUGGACGGGCUGCGGCCUCGCGGCGGCGUCGGUGACGUGGGUCGACGCGACGGCGCCAAAGGCGGCGUCCGCGGCGCCGGCCGCGGCGCUGGCCGCAACGGCGGGCGUGAAGAGGAUGGUCGCGCGGGCGGCGGCGGCGCACCUGCCCGCAGCCGACGCGGGCGCGGCGGCGCCUCCCGCCGAUCCGGACGCGCGGGCCGCGGCGGCUGGCGGGCAGCUGCUUGCAGCGGAGGGCGUGGUGCUGCAGGCGUCAGCGAGGAUGGCCUCUGCGGCACCAGAUGCCCCGACCGCACUUGACGUGCCGGUCGCGCCCGCCACAGGCGCAGCGGGCGGAGCGGACCCCCCAACGCUCGCGCCGCCGGCGGCUCCGCAACCGCCGGACGCCGCCGCGGCCGGCGCCUCCGCCGACCACCACCCCAGCUUCUUCGGCAGCUACGCGGGCGCCACGGGCGCACGCCGCCGCCGCCGCCUGGGCGCCCGCGCGGCGGCCGCCACGCCCGCGGGAGAGCUGCUGCGCGCGGCCGGCGCCGCCACCGUGGUCAACUCGGUCUUCUCUUGCGGCUCUGCAGCCGCGUGCGUCGGCGGCCAAGUGUCCGUCCGCUACAGCCUGCUGCGCUUUGCCUCGGGCGCUGCCUCGGACCGCAACCUGAACUCCUCGGACCCGCUCCUUGGGGACCUCAAGGACAACGGCGGUUGGACGCUGACGAGGAUGUCGCUGCCGGGGUCGCUGGCGGUCAACGCGGGCAGCGUUGAUCUGGUCAAAGACAGCGUUGACCAGAGGGGCAUGCCAAGGAUCGCAUGCGGCGCGUUGGACAUGGGCGCUACUGAGAGCGCUACCGGCCUGCAGGCGGUGCCGGGCGCAGCUGCGGUUUACUCAACAUACGUCAACACCCCCCUCGUCAUCGAGGCGGCUGACGGCCUCUUUUCCGCGACCCGGCCCCCCCUCUUCACGUCACCCGCCGCCACCCUGUCCCUGGCCACCCCGAACCCCCGGGUGACGCUCGACGCGUCGACAGGGGCGUUCGUCUACUGGCCGACGUUCGGGUUCGCGGGGCGGGACGAGUUCCGCGUGUCGGCGUCUGGCGCGUCGUGCGGUGGCGCGACUGGGACUGCGGGGCCCGUCUCGGUGUACAUCGAUGUCGCCGGCAAGCCGCCGCUGCCGACGCCGUCCCUGGAGGCUGCAAACAUGUCGGCGGUCCACUGCAAGCUCGCCCGCGCGCGCGUCGACGUGAACGCGCUGCAGAUCGCGACGGCGUCCCUCCAGAUCGUCCGGGACGCCGCCGGCCGCGCGACGCGGCUCGGCGCGCCGGACGGUGUGGUCGUCCAGAUCACCGCGGGCCGCGCGGGCUGGCCGGCGGUGCGGUCCGACGGGUCAUCCGAGUCCAGCUGCCACAUGCGCGUGCCCGGGGCGGCGCUCGCGCCGGACGGGCCGAAGUCGCUGUCGAUUCGCCGCUGCCGCGACUGCGUGGCGUGCUUUCGUGAGUUGAACAAGAACUGCUCUGUCGCGUUCCGCGCGCGCGUCAUGGCGCGCGCGGGGGCGCGGGCGCCGUACACGGCGAGCGGGUGGUCAGAGGAGGUCAAGAUCAAUCUGGCGUGCGACAGGAUCGGGGGCAAGCGCUGCCACUGGACGUGA